GCUGAGCAAAGCCAAGUAUUCGAUCAUCAGUUCAAGAGUCAAAUUACUCGAAUGCUCGAAGAGGAACGUGCUAGACGUUUGAUGAAACUUGAGAAAAUACGCCCACGACUGGUAGCUAUUGCACCCCAGGCACUUGAUAAUGCAGCUCACUUGGAUAGAUCAAGACAAAUUCAUCAAAUGCAUGUUGUACUCGAUGCCCUUGAGAGUGUAAUCUACGGACCUAAGCAACCUUUCGACCAAGAGCUUGCUGCACUUCGCAACAGUGCCAAGGGAUUUCAACUAUUGUCCGAUGCAUUAGAAGUUGUACCUAUGAGUGUGGCCCAUGAAGGUGUUGAGCAUUUGGAAGCUCUUGCGGAUCGAUUUGAACGUGUCGCAAAAGAGGUGCGACAUGUUGCUUUAGUGCCAGAGGAUGGUGGACUUGGCUCCCACAUAAUUAGCAUGGUUAUUUCGAAACUCUUGUUUAAGAAGAAUGGUCUUGUUAAGGGCGACGAUGUUGAAGCUACUCUUUCACGCGCAAAGUAUUAUCUUGAUCGCCGCGAUCUUGAAAAUACAGCCCGUGAACUCAAUCAGCUCAAGGGAUGGCCCAAGAGGCUGGCCUCUGAUUGGAUUGAGGCCGCAAGAAACCGUUUGGAAGUUGAACAAGCUCUUGAGGUGGCAAGAACACAAGUUAACUUUGGAAACCUUCUGAACAGCAAAUAAAAAAAACACAAAAUACUCUCUUAAUACUAUUAAAUAUAAAAACCAAGAAGUCU